AUGGAGAAAGGACAAUCGGCAGCACUCGAAAUACAAUGGUCAUUUAACCCACCCGCAGCACCACAUUUCGGCGGUGCAUGGGAACGUUUAAUAAAAAUCAUAAAGACUUCCUUGAAAAAUAUGUUUAAGAGUUGUAAAAUGCCUACACCAGAACUACUAAGAGCCGACUUCAUCCAGGCAGAGUUUCUGCUAAAUUCCAGACCGCUUACUCAUAUACCGCUCGAAACGUUCGACGAUGAAGUUCUAACACCGUUUCACAUAUUGAUCGGACGAGCAGGAGAACAUGUAUCCCCAAUUGCACCAACAGUAGAUGGAUUUAAUAAAGAACAAUGGAAGCUAGCGCAACACUACGGACAACUCUUUUGGGAUCGUUGGAAAACAGAAUAUUUCCCAACAUUAAUAAAAAGAAACAAAUGGACCGAGGAGAUCAUUCCACUCGAAGAAAACGAUAUCGUCAUCAUCACAGACGACAACGUACCAGCUGGAAGAUGGUUGAAGGGGCGUAUAAUAAAAACAUACCCCGAUAAAGAUGGACAAGUCAGAAAGGCUGACAUACAAACGGAAAAGGGCAUUAUAAAAAGAGCAGCGACGAAAAUAGCGGUUCUCGACGUUACACAGAAGGAGAAACCAGAAGACGCUCAACAUCUCCCAUCAACGAGCAUGCCGGAACAACACGUCAUGAUGAUACACAACAACGUUAGCAUCAAGGACAACGUAAUCAACAACAGCAAUAACAGCAACAACAACUCCAAUCAAAACAACGACAAGGUCAUCAAUACGAAACGUAAACUAGCGGACGAAAAUUUCUCUAACUGGGGAAAAAGAAAUAAACUGGAUAUUGACAAAAUUAAGGAACUAAGAGACCAACAUCUAAAGAAACAUCCACCCCGAACUAUACCAGAACGAAAUAAGCGGAUCAAACCAUGCAGUUGGAUUAAGGCACUUCUACUCAGCACCACGUUGUUAUCAAUCAUAUCUCCAGCAACAUCUCUAAGAAUUCAGCCGAUCAACAAGGACGGUCUUAUAUUUCACCAUUAA